AGGUGUUCCUGGGUUUCGGCCGUGUGUUCAGCGGUGUGGCCCGCCCCGGCCAGCGGCUGCACGUGCUGAGCGGCGCCUACUCGCCCGCGCACCCGGCAGGGGGGCAGCGCGGCAGUGCGGUGCUGGGGCCGGUGUUCAUGAUGAUGGGUCGGGCGCUGGAGCGGGUGGAGCAGGUCCCCGCCGGCAACCUGCUUGCCAUCGCCGGCCUGGACUCCUUGGUGCUCAAGUCCGCCACGCUGGCCUCCACCCCCGCCUGCCGCCCGCUGGCUCCACUCAUGUUCCAGGCGGCGGCAAUUGUGAUGGUGGCCGUUGAGCCCGCCCACCCCAGCGACCUGCCGGCCCUGGUGCGGGGGCUGCAGCUGCUCAACAGGGCGGACCCGUUCGUGGAGGUGAGUGUGCUUGACAGCGGCGAGCACGUGCUGGGUGCUGCGGGCGAGGUGCACCUGGGCACCUGCAUCAAGGACCUCCGGGAGCGGUUCGCACGGGUGGAGCUGAGGGUGUCCCCCCCGCUGGUCGCCUUCCGCGAGUCCGUGUUCUGCCCCAGCGAGCUGCCCGAGGG